ACUCUCGCGAGGUUUCCACGUCAGUUAGCUCGGAGCGUUAGCCUGGGUCCGUUAGCCGCCAGUAGCUCGGCUGUGUCGGCGCCGUUGACUCCGGUGUGAAUCUGAGCCUGAAGCAGCACCGAGCACCGAGCACCGGGCGCCUCACCACCGUCUCCCCUCGCCGAGCAGGAAGCACCGUCCCCGGGCCUCGUGUCUGCACGGUGCAGCCUGUGGCCGAGCCGUGGCAGCCUUGCUCACGUUUUGGGUUUCUUGCUCCUCCAGCGUCCCAAUGAUGAGUUAUGCUGAAAAGCCAGAAGACAUCACCAAAGAAGAGUGGAUGGACAAACUGAACAACGUGCACAUACAGAGGGCGGACAUGAACCGGCUCAUCAUGAAUUACCUGGUGACAGAGGGGUUUAAAGAGGCGGCGGAGAAGUUUCGGAUGGAGUCUGGUAUCGAGCCGAGUGUGGACCUGGACUCUCUGGACGAGAGGAUAAAGAUUAGAGAGAUGAUUCUGAAGGGACAGAUACAAGAAGCUAUUGGACUCAUCAACAGCCUACACCCAGAGCUGCUUGACACCAAUCGAUACUUGUAUUUUCAUCUGCAGCAGCAACAUUUGAUUGAGUUAAUCAGGCUAAGGGAGACUGAGUCAGCACUGGAGUUUGCCCAGACACAACUGGCCGAGCAAGGGGAGGAGAGCAGAGAGUGUCUGACGGAGAUGGAGAGGACACUAGCCCUUCUGGCUUUUGACAACCCAGAGGAGUCGCCCUUUGGAGACCUGCUCAACAUGAUGCAGCGACAAAAGGUUUGGAGUGAGGUGAACCAAGCUGUGCUGGACUAUGAAAACAGGGAGUCAACGCCCAAACUGGCUAAACUCCUUAAGUUACUGCUGUGGGCGCAGAAUGAGCUCGACCAGAAGAAGGUGAAAUAUCCCAAAAUGACUGAUCUUAGCACGGGAACCAUCGAGGACCCCAAGUGAACGUAACGGAAAAGAACAACCAUCUUCCACGUCUCCUUAAUUUAUGAUCAGUCAGUGACUGUGUGACAACCAGGUAACAUAUAUGUAUAAACUAAUUCUACAUUGUUUUUAUUUUCCAUGUUGCAUUCAUGAGAUGUAAGACUUAUAAACUCAUUGUGUAAACUGUAAAUUGCUGUAUUUGCAAAGUGACAGAAAUUAUCUAGUUUAAAUACUAAUCCUGGAUUUUCAGAUGGAUCUCGGAGACGACACAAUUCAAAAUGCUGUUUUAUAUUUCUUCUUUCUAAAGCUUCUAAAGUCAGUAUUAUUAUUUAUUUCCCCAACAAUUAUUUACCCAGAAAGAGAGUUGAUGGUGUCAAUACUGUGGUUUGUGAACUUCAAACAGCAGAUACACAAUUACCCUUUUUAAUAUACACAUGUUAAGGCUGAGAUGAAAUUAAAAUCUAAAUCUCAUACAUAAAAUGUUAAUAAUUUUAAUUAAAUGAAAAAAAAGCUUUAUUGAUGUAAUAUACUUUUAAUUUAUAUAAUAUUUUACAAAUUUGUGUUAAGUAUGAUGUUUGGCAAUUUGCUUUAACAUCAAUCAGUUGCUUCCUACACCUGAGAAUCUGAUGAUUGUAUGAGCACAGUAUCCGUGGAAUGAAGUACCUUGUACAAAUAUGAGGCCAAACGUGUAUCAGAGUAAUUGGAACAGGUUCUGAAUGAGACACUCUCGUGCUGACCUGAGCCCCCGCAGCUUUCUGAGUGUACUUCACAUUCCACCCCCAGGUUGCUCCAAAUGUUUCAGUUUGGUUUUACAUAAGUGGGGUGGAAUAGUCUGCCUGUCUGAUGUGGGCAGGGUUCACAUUGCUGCGUGAGGAAUGAGGGAGUUGUUAUGGCUGCUUUCUUGUUUAAAGUUAACAGUCGGACUGAAAAUGAUUUUGAUUAUUGUUAACUAUGAUCAAAAAUAUUGACAUUUCUUAUGUGUACUGGUUGGUCAAAGUACUUUCUGUCAGUUUUGCCACUUUUAAAACAGUUUUUCACUUUACUGCAUGUGAGUGUUUUUUAUUCGAUGGGGAAAGGCACUUGUGCUUGUUUACUUUUGUUUAUUUGAUUUACUUUUAUAAAACAACAAAAAACAAACUUGCUGCUAGCCGUCCAUCCUUAAUUUCUUUUAAGGUUGCAUUGUCUUUAUAGAUCUUGGAUUUGUCAAACACAAAAACCCAGAGAGAUCAUACCCCUUUUAUUAUUCAGCAUUUUUAAGAUCAGAUUUACAAUUAUUGAAAUAAACAAAACUUUUGU